AUGAAUCAGGACAAUAAACUCGGAGGAAGUGACUAUGGAAUUUGUUGUACACCAAAAUGCCCACCAUGCAAACGCGAGCCGAUCCCACCGAUCGCUAAGUUCUACGAAGCACCUUGUACGUCUACCUGCCUGUGCAUGCCGAGAAUGUGUAGUAUUUUCGGUGGACAUGACUUGAAUGCGCCAGGUCCAGAUCCCAAGGCGUGCAGUCCGCGCAAGUCAAGUAGGAGCAGUACCAAUCCGAAUACACUUGGUUCGCCGGUAGGCGUCUUACAGGCCACCAUUUCCAUGAAAUCCACCACAGCAAAUGUACAUGCUCAUCGGUAUGCAACGACGCUGCUGGCAUUUAUGAAACUCCAUACCACACCGGAAAGCGAUUGGAGUGAGGAUACCCUAGAUGACCUCAUUAGGGAGGGUCAAACUUUACUAGCCAAGCAACCGGACUCGCAGCAUACUGACGAAUCACCAGCGUAUAUCUACUCGCAAAUGGAAGGCAAAGUCAAGCGUUGGCACACCAUAGAUGAUAUCGAUUUUGAAGUAGAACUAAGUGAAAAAAUGUGGUUUGGCCCACCACCAAUCGGCACGGAGGACGGACCACCACCUGAUAUGACAAUGGAUAACUUGAAAGUCGCAAUGAAGAAGUUCUUUUCAAAGCAUCGCUUCUGCCUUAUCAAGGUAGCGGGGACUUAUAAAAUGGUUUGGCGUUCGCGCGGCAUCUAUUUCGUAUUGGACCUGUAUGGUCGCAAGCUGGACGAUUUGGAGACGGACAAGGAGAAUGGCAAGGCGAUGUUGAUCUGUCUCAGGGCGCUUGACAAUGUCAUACACUUGAUUAGUAAUUUAUCGGGCAUACAGCCCACCGAUCCUUUCAAUUUGCGCGAAAUGAAAAUUGUGAAGCUCAUCGGGAAAGAUGGCAAAACCAUGAGUCGUGACUUUGGUAAGCGCGAACAUCAGUACCAGGUGAUUAAUGACGAUUAUGCUGUGCUGAAGGCCGACUCACAUCUACUACGCAAUAGCACCGAUCCAAUUCGCACGCGAAGCGCACUACCAGUGGGCGUGGCGGCUUUACUCGCGGCCAAGAUUGAUCAUCCGGCGACUUGGAAUGAGAAAAUACUCGAUAAAAUCAUUUGCUAUGGCGUGAAUGUCUGCGUCUGUUGUUGGGAGCAGUGUCUACAGGCGAAGAUGCCCAUCGAAAUCGAUCGUUUUCCGAAUCGUCUGAAAAUCGCACAAUUCAAAGCUGCAUUUACCCUUACGCCGCGUAAGUUUACGGGCACUUGGAAGUGUGUGCCUAAUUUCAAACAGAGUGAGCUCGAAUCUGCGUUGAUCAGUAGCUUCGAUGCCGGCGACAACAACUUGUUAGUGCAAAUCGAUCAGAAUAUUUACGCAGUUUUCAAGAAGAACAACUUCUUUUACUUGUUCGAUCCAUAUCGUCACCGAGUGGAGGGCUUACUGGAGGGAGGAGAGGAGGGUGCGGUCAUAAAAAAGAAGGCAACUUUGCGAAUGUUUAGCUCACUUGAAGUGCUCCUGAAAGUGUUCACUCAGAUGCUCUUGGAGACGAACCGCACAACGCAGUUUGCCGUGCAUGUGCUCAAGAUCAAUAAUAUCGAAUUGUCGUCGCGCAAGGAAGGUGCACCAGCGCAGGAUGAGCCAAUACUCAAUGCUGAUUUUGAGGUGAAGUCGCUAAAUGAGACACUUUGCUUUGAAGAGGACGAAACGAAAUGCAAGCUCGAUCUGGCCGUGGAUGAUGAGGAGGAGGACGACAUUACAUCUGGUAUAAUACAGAUGGAUAUGCGAGAUAGGAGUGAGACCGAAGAGUCUGAGGAAGAGUUAGAGGAGGAGGAAGGCGCAUUGGAAGAUUUCGGCGACCAUGAAUCGUCCUCUAGUGAUGACGGUCACCGUCAUGGUAGAGACAGAAGAAAGAAGAGCAGAGGGCGAAAGCAAAAGGGACAAGGAAGAGAUGGUGAUGGCAGCCGUGGAAGGAGUAAGAAGAGAGAAGGCAAAGAAAAGGGGAAGAAGGGAAAGGCAAAAGGUGACAAGACAGAUAAGGAAAAAAAGGGUAAGGGCAAAAGCAAGGAGAGGGGAAAGAAAGACAAAGAUAAGGAAAAUAAGAAGAAAAAAGGUAAAAAAGGAAAGAUGUCAGGGGAGGAUGAAUCAGAGGUCGAGAAAGUUAAUAAGAAGGGUGGCAAAGGUAAGAAGGAAAAGAAUAAGUCUGAUAAAGAAAUGUCUGAGAAGGAGAAAGCCGAGAGAGAUAGAAAGGAUAAGGAGAAAAGGCACAAAGACAAAGAAAAUACUGAUAAAGAAGAGGCUGAUAAGGACAAAGCUGAUAAAGAUAAGGCAGACAAAGAAAAAGCAGAUAAAGAAAAGGCCGAUAAGGACAAGGACAAUGAUAAAGACAAAGACAAGGACCAGGACAUGGACAAGGACAAGGACCAGGACAUGGACAAGGACAAGGACAAGGAUAAGGACAAACACAAAGAUGCCGAUAAGGAUAAGGAUAAACGCACGCCAAGUGAAAUUUUGCGCGAUGAGGAAAGAAGACGUCGCGAAGGUGAUGAUACUUUGCACAAAGAUGUUGAAGGCUCCGAUGGACGUGAUGGCUGUUAUGGUCCCGGCGAUCGUUAUGAGAAAUCGGGCGUCCAAGAACUCUCAUGCAGGCCCAAUCAUUAUCCCGGCUAUUCGAGUGUGGCUUACGAUAUGGCAGUUGUUGGGUCGGAGAGCGGCACUUAUGAGAGCAUAUGUAAACUAUUACGCGCCGGCUUCAAAUGUGCCGAUCGUAUACUCACAAUGACAUCUUGGGGCAAUUAUGUGGUCUUUCGUGGUCGUUCCUGUCAUCAUAAAAUCUACUUCCUAUUCGACGGCUGUACAUGCAAUGUGAAUCGUUUCCGUUAUUUGGAUCUCAAUUGCGGUACAGCUGGACUAUUAUGUUUCGAGAGCUUGCAUGAUCUCAUUUGCUACAUUAUCGACUCGCAAAAUAUACGCGGUAAUCUGAAGAAGCGUCGAAAGAAACUGGUCGACGAAAUCUGCCGGCAAUAUUGCUAA